AGUUUGGAUGGUUGAACUGAAAACGUUCAACUGAAAGUUCACAGAGAUUAUUUAUCACGCGUUUUAUUGCCUCAUAGCGUUGUUGUUCGGUCGAAAUGUACAUAAAGUCUAUUGUAUUAGAGGGCUUUAAGUCCUACGCAGAGAGGACGGAGAUUAACGGCUUUGAUCCGUUUUUUAAUGCCAUAACUGGACUGAACGGCAGCGGCAAGUCAAAUAUACUAGACUCCAUCUGCUUUCUGUUGGGGAUAUCAAACCUAUCACAGGUUCGUGCCACCAAUCUCCAAGAUCUGGUGUACAAAAAUGGUCUGGCUGGGAUUACAAAGGCUACAGUGUCUAUCACUUUCGACAACUCUAACAAAAAACAAAGCCCUCUGGGGUUUGAGACACAUGAUGAGAUUACCAUCACAAGACAGGUGGUCAUAGGUGGACGCAAUAAGUACCUCAUCAAUGGUGUUAACGCAAACAACCUAAGAGUCCAGGAUCUGUUUUGCUCGGUUGGACUAAAUGUCAACAAUCCUCACUUUCUGAUCAUGCAGGGAAGAAUCACCAAGGUCCUAAACAUGAAGCCUCCUGAGAUUCUGGCCAUGAUUGAGGAGGCCGCAGGUACCAGGAUGUACGAGUGCAAGAAGAUCAGUGCUCAAAAAACUAUUGAGAAAAAAGAUGCCAAGCUGAAAGAGAUUCAAACUAUCCUGGAUGAGGAAAUCACCCCUGCUAUGGAAAAGCUGAAAGAGGAGCGUGCAUCCUACCUGGAGUACCAGAAACUGAUGCGUGAGAUCGAGCACUUGAGUCGUCUAUAUGUGGCGUACUUGUUUGUGUGCGCCGAGGAGACCAAGCUGAAGUCUACUGAAGACCUGCAGGAGAUGCAGAGCUCCAUCACUCAGCUACAGGAAAACAUGAGACAGAAUGAGGCCAAAGUGAAGGAACUGAGUGCAGAGAUACAGGAGCUGGAACGCCGAAGGGACAAGGAGGUUGGGGGAGUGUUGAAGAGUCUGGAGGAGACGUUGUCUGAAGCACAGAGAGUGGACACAAAGGCCCAAAGUGCUCUUGAUCUGAAGAAACAAAAUCUGAAAGAUGAAACCAAGAAAAGAAAAGAGCUGAUCAAAAACAUGGAAGAGGAUAAGAAGAUGAUGUCAGCCAAGGAAGUGGAGGUUGCUAAGGCAAAGGAGAAGCUAAAGGUGGUUCAGGAUGACGGACAGAAGGAUGCAGAAGCGUUGGAGGCGGCAAAACAGCAUUUCGAAGCGGUGUCUGCCGGUCUCUCGGCCAAUGAGGAUGGAGUUGAAGCCACGCUUAAUGAACAGAUGAUGACCUGCAAGAAUGACAUGAGCAAAGCUGAAACCGAGGCUAAACAGGCCCAGAUGAAACUCAAACAUGCUCAACAGGAACUGAAGACUAAACAGGCUCAGGUCAAGAAGAUGGACAGUGGUUACAAAAAAGACCAGGACACAUUUGAGGCUGUGAGAAAAAACAUUGAAAAGCUACAGGCUGAAAUGAAGAAACUCAACUAUGAAGAUGGACGAGAGGAGGGUAUGGUGGAGCAGAAGAGAAAGUUAUCACGUGAAGUCGCUCAUCUCAGAGAAACAUACGAGUCUCUCAUGGGCCAGUUCCCCAACCUUCGCUUUGAAUAUACGGAUCCAGAGAGAGGCUGGGAGCGCAGUAAAGUGAAGGGUUUGGUGGCAAAUCUCUUCACCGUUACUGACGUGUCAAAUGCUACGGCUUUGGAGGUGGUAGCUGGUGGUCGACUCUAUAACGUAGUGGUUGACAAUGAGGUUACUGGAAAGAAGCUUUUGGAAAAGGGUGAACUGAAACGCAGAUAUACCAUCAUUCCUCUAAACAAGAUCUCAGCCCGUACCCUAAAUGACAACGUAGUGCGCACUGCCAAAAAUCUGGUUGGAGCAGAUAACGUGCACACAGCGCUGUCAUUGGUGGGUUAUGAGUCGGAGCUGAGAAAGGCCAUGGAGUACGUGUUCGGCUCUACGCUGGUUUGUGACAGUUUGGACAAUGCUAAAAAAGUCGCUUUCGAUAAAGGUGUGAGCACAAAAACUGUUACCCUUGGAGGAGACGUGUUUGACCCGCAGGGAACGCUGACGGGAGGUGCCCGUGCUCAGACAGCCUCCGUCCUGUCCAAACUGGCUGAGGUGAAAGACGUUCAGGACAGUCUGAGAGCUAAAGAGUCUGAACUCGCUGCUUUGGAGUCUGAGCUCAGUGGCCUGAAGGGAACAGCUGAGAAAUAUCGUCAGCUGAAGCAGCAGUUGGACCUAAAAACCGAGGAGGCUCAGAUUCUGGAGACCAAACUUCAACAGAGCUCUUUCCACAAGCAGCAGGAGGAACUGGAGAAUCUGCGCAAGACUAUUGAGGAAUGCGAGGAAACGCUGCAGAAGACGAAGGAGAUUCGGAGUAAGGCAGAGGAGAAGUACAAAGUUCUGGAGAACAAGAUGAAAAACGCAGAGGCAGAAAGAGAGAAAGAACUAAAAGCAGCCCAGCAGAAACUCAACCAGGCCAAGAGCAAAGCAGACGCCUUUAACAAGAGACUAAAAGAGAAACAGCAGGAAGCAGAAGCAGUUGCUCUUGAGUUAGAGGAGCUGAAGAGAGAACAGACCGGAUAUGAACAGCAGAUUCAAGCUGUUGAUGAAGCAAUGAAAGCCAUACAAGAGCAGAUCGACAACAUGACCACAGACGUUUCGGCCAAUAAGGAAGCAGUGCGUGUCGCACAGGAGCAGUUGUCCAAGCAGAAGGAGGUGAUUCUGGGACAGGAGAGAGAAAUUAAAGGAAAGACUGGAGAAGCGAACCGCCUCAGAGAGCAAAACAACGACGCCCAGCUCAAAAUCAAAGAGCUGGAGCACAACAUCAGCAAACACAAGAAAGACAGCGCCGAUGCCACGGCCAAGGUGGCCCGCAUGUUAGCCGAAAACGACUGGAUCUCCUCAGAGAAGCAUCUUUUCGGCCAACCCAACACAGCCUAUGACUUCAAGACCAACAAUCCCAAAGAGGCCGGACAGAGAUUAAAGAGACUGGAGGAGACUAAAGACAAGCUGGAGAGAAACGUCAACCGUAGGGCCAUGAACAUGCUCAGCGAGGCUGAGGAGAGGUACAAUGAUCUUCGAAAGAAAAAGCGAAUUGUUGAGAACGAUAAAGCCAAAAUUCUGGAAACAAUCGAAGAGUUGGACCAGAAAAAGAAUGAGGCACUUAAUGUGGCAUGGCAAAAGGUGAAUAAGGAUUUUGGCUCCAUAUUCUCCACCCUGCUGCCUGGCGCGAAUGCCCGUUUGGCUCCGCCCGAGGGGUGUGGCGUUCUGGACGGUUUGGAGUUUAAAGUGGCUCUAGGGAACACCUGGAAAGAGAACCUGACAGAGCUCAGCGGCGGUCAAAGGUCACUGGUGGCGCUCUCUCUCAUUCUGGCCAUGCUGCUGUUCAAACCUGCCCCCAUUUAUAUCCUGGAUGAAGUGGACGCUGCGCUUGAUCUCUCACACACGCAAAAUAUCGGACAGAUGCUGCGCACACACUUUACACAUUCACAGUUUGUGGUGGUGUCUUUGAAGGACGGUAUGUUCACCAACGCAAAUGUGCUUUUCAAGACCAAAUUUGUAGAUGGCAUCUCUGCGGUAACUCGCACUGCUCAGACGCAUGAGGGAAAAGUUUUGGCCCAGCGCACACAACAGAAAUCCAAGGACAAACGCCAGCGCCAGAUGCUGGCCAGCUAAACGCAUGCUAUACACAAAUGUAACAAUGUUACUUUCAGUAAUCACUUUAAGGUAUCAACUAAAAUGAAAUGGAGUGUUUGAAAGGGUUGCGUAUAAUAGGUCUGAAUCACUUCUUUCCAUAUUCACACCACUUUUUUGUGCUUUUACUCGUUUAGUUGCCAUAUGACCUUUAAUAGUGUUUUUCCCUCUGUGCAUUGCUUUUCUUAUAUUUGUUUGUUGUAUGUAUGCAUUCAAACCUUUCGCUUAUUUUUCAACUCUCUGCAAGCUGUUUUUUAUUAUGAUCUUUUUAAGUAAGGUAGUGAUUUCAGAAAUCAUGCCUAAAUGUACAUAAGCAAUUUUUAGAGAAUUAAGUAGAAAUGUGUUUUCGUAUAUUUUGCAAAUAAAUGUACCAAUCUGAUGUUUUACCAGUUUUGUUUG